AUGGUGGAAACAACUCUACUGCCCCUGGCGCCUGUACCACCGCAGUCAGUGCACAAAUUAAUACCAGAUGACGAAUGGAGAGCAUGUUCAGAUGCCUGGAUCAGAUCAGUUGAAGCUCGCUUAAGGCUGAAUGACCGGGAAUUUGAACUGUCUGCUUCAAAGGAUGAAGCUGCAUACCUGUUCCUUACGUCAUACUUCUCAGGGGGGUUGCCACGUUCACAUGGACCAACAUCAAAGGCAGCCAGUUUAUUACAACGUCUUUGUUUCCUCUUAAGUCGGAGGAUACUACUGGCCGGAUCUCAUGGUCCUUCACAGCUUGUGAAUGUUGACUUUCUAGGGAGCCUGUGCUAUUUCUAUACUACUACUUUACCCCUCCGGAAUUUGAUGUUGGAGGUGUGGGAGAGGGAUUCAGAAGUCCUGGUCACCAGCACGCAUAAGGUGAAGGCAGAUAUAAUAAGAGAGUUAACCUCGAAGGAUGGGCCAUAUACGAAAAUUGAGAGAAGAUUACGACCCUUGACGCUUCUUUCAUCGAAUCUAUGUGAGGUGGGAAGAGUUCUUAUGGCUGGGGAUGAUUACAUAGAUGCAAUUUUCGAGGCAUUCAACAGGUCGAAGGAUGAACAUCUACAAAAAGCUCUAGUAGCUCAUAUAUAUGUUGGGCUUAUAUCAUUGAUGAAGGUGAAUCCUCCUGCGACUUCAGCACUCCUAGAUCAACUCUACGGACUAAAGAGCUCCGCAAAUGUCGAGUCAAAGGGCCCUAGAACUCAGCCAACGUUACUCUCCGCCCUUCUUUGCAGUACCAACUUCAUUAAACGCCUCGAGAAUGUGUUAGUUGGGGACCAGCAGCAAAAGCGAGGUGAUUCCCUAGUUUCUUCCCUCAAAACAUACCGCUCUGAAUGCCAGGCAUUACACAAGUCGUAUCAGCGUCCAAGGAAAGUGGAUAAGGGCAAAGGGCGAGAUAUCUCCGCCGGCAUCGAGGAGGAUGUUCACGUCCAUCGAAUGUCACUUAUCACCCAGGUCCAGGAUCUAUUCCCCGAUCUCGGCUCAGGAUACAUUGUGCAACUCCUUGACUUUUACAACGAUGAUCUCGAAGCGACGAUCUCGAACCUCAUAGAGGGGACCCUUCCUGAACAUCUUAAAUCCCUUGAUCAAGGAGCCCAACUCUCAGAACAGCAAGAUAUGGUUGAUCUCGCGCCACGGCCUACUCCACCCCGUUCUGAGUCACCUGUUCCUGGCAUUGAGCGUAAAAAUGUCUUCGAUAACGAUGAAUUUGACCGGCUGGAGAUAUCACCUUCGAAGCUGCAUAUAGGUCGUGCAAAUGCCGGUCUUACUGCAGAUGACCUGCUCGCUAAUAAGUCUGGCUCAACAAACAAGGCCGCAAUACUGGCUGCUCUUGCGGCAUUUGAUUCGGACGAUGACGAGCGUGAUGACACCUAUGACUUUGCCGAUGUUGGCGGAACAGUAGACACCUACCCAACAGCAACAGAUGGCGAUGCAGCCGAGUCCCGAGAAGGUGGUGGCAUGGCAACUGAGCUGAAGCUAUAUGACCUUUAUAAGUCCAAUCCCGGAGCAUUUGCACGCGACCAAAACACUCGUCGGUCUCAGCACAGAAUAAGUUUGCGUAAAGAGACAGGAAUGACGGACGAAGCAAUUGAGGGUUGGGCAUUGAUGCUCUCCCGCGAUCCAAAGCGAGUUACGAGGCUAGAGCGGAAUGUGGCCUUGUCGGGGCUACGCGCGCACCAACAGCCCGAACUUCAACCUACGGCGUAUAGGAGACCUGCCAAUGAAGAUGGUUCUGGAGAAGAGUCUGGAGGCCAUGGCGGAGGUCGAGGACAGAGCCGUGGUCGCGGCCGGGGUGGUAGAGGAGGCGGUAGAGGCGCCAGCCGAGGGGGAGCAUCGACUGCACCCGAGUCAGCGAUUGAAAGACGACGGAAGGAUGAAAAUAAGGGCUCGAGGGCGAAUCAUAAUAGGCGCAACCAAAGGGCGAAGAAAAUGGCGAGAGGCGGUCUGUGA